CGACUGAAUAGCGACGACAUGAAGCAACAAAUAGCCACACCUUUGCCUCUAAAACAAUUGGUUUUGCUAAGUUUGGCCUCAUUACCCGAUGCGUUGAGUGUUACAAUUGUUAUACCUUUUGCUCCUUUCAUGGUCCAAGAAAUGCUGAAUAUUCCACCUAGUUCUUCUUAUAAGACAGGUUACUAUUGUGGGCUGAUUGCUUCUUGUUUCGCUUGUGGCUCUAUAUUUGGAUCACCCGUUUGGGGACGCAUAUGUGAUAAAAUAGGAAGACGUCCAGUCAUUUUGUGUGGCUUAUUUACUAAUUCGUUUUUUUUGUUUCUUUUUGGGCUCUCUCAUACUUAUGCACAAGCCAUUUCUAUUCGUUUUCUGCAUGGAAUGUUAACAGGCAAUGUGACUGUAUCGAAAACUUACUUGUCAGAUAUAACAGAUUCUACCAACGAAUCAGCAGCGUUUGGCAUGAUAGGAAUGACGUUUGGUUUUGGAGUUGUGAUGGGACCUCUGGUUGGUGGUUAUUUAUCUAGACCGGCUAUUCAGUAUUCCUCUAUUUUUGGACGAGAUUCCUUUUUCGCGAGAUAUCCUUAUGCAUUACCUUGUAUGACUGUUGGAACCUUUGCAGCUUGUUCGUAUCUCCUUUCUCUAUUUCUGUUACCUGAAAGUAAACCAUUCAAAGAAGCAAGCGAUAGAAAUGCAGAUUCUAAUCUUCUUCCUCUUAGUAAUGAAGAAAAUGAACAAAGAGCAACAGUGUCUGUUCCUAUUCACAUUUAUGAUACUUUUUCAAAUUCCCCUGAAAUCCAUUUUGGGGAUGAAACGUAUUCUUCUUUAGGAGAAACAGCAUCUCGUACCAGUGAGGUUUUGCAUGAAGCAUCGUAUCAUCAACAAUCACAUGAACAUGACGAUGGCAUUGUCUUGGAAUAUCAAAAGAACACAGACUUUGACUCUUCUGUAUAUCUGUCAAACUCUUAUGAUCUAAGGGAGGGCUUCUUCAUUCGGGAACCGGCACACGAUGUGAUGAGAGAGAAUUCGCAGGGAACUUUUGCCUCACAAAGGUUGAAACGUGGAUCUGCUUUGGAGAUAAGGAGUGCGUUUUCAAGAGAGAGACCUCUUGAAAAUUAUUAUCCUUUUAUUGAAGAACAAAACGAACAAACUACUCUAGUUCCUCCUUUUCGUUCUCCUUGUAGACCAUCAGCUGCAAACUUAAAUAGAGCUGACUAUUCUGCGGCACCAUCGCGUACUAAUUACCGAAAGAAAAAUCCAAGACAUUACUUGUUUUUGAAUAGCCCAUCAACUAGUGCAGUUUCAGAUAUGAGUGGUUUCGCUGCCAUUAUGGCUAUGUCAACCAUGAAGGAUAAAGUAUCGAGAAGAUCAGAUUGGCGUCGAAACAAAGACAGACCCAGCGCAAACAACAACGGAAGAAACUGGAGCGAUAUCCGAGAAGAGAGUCCAAAAGUUAAAGAGACAGUUUGGGAUACAAGACUUGAUGAGAAGAUAUCAGAGUUAACUCUUCGAGCCUUGAUAACUCAUCUGUUCUUUAGUAAUGCAACAUUUUCUGUGGUUUUAAGAAUUGCCUUGUCCGUAUCCUUUACACUUAAUGCGAUGGACGAAGUGUUAGCACUUUGGGCAGUCAACGACUCUUCACUUGGAGGUGUACAGUUUUCAACAGCAGAUUUGGGAGUUGUUCAAACCAUGGGAGGCAUAUCGUGUAUCUUUUCAGCAGUUGUAUUUUUUCAGUAUAUCGCUGCAAAGAUAGGAGUACUAAAUACGAUGAGGCUGGGACUGUUGAUAGGAUUGGUAUUCUAUCCAACUCCUGCAUAUGUUGCUACUCUAGGCUUAACUCGAUCGAAUCGUCUUACUUGGAUACUACUCGUUGUUGGCAAUGUUAUGACGUCGUUUUGUGGGCAAUGUUGUCAUACUGCACUUCCUUUGCUUGUAAAAAAUGCUGCACCACCGGAACGUUUGGGUGAAGCUCUAGGAUAUGCUCAAGGCUUACAAAGUGUGGGAUUUGCUGCUGGUCCUUUGGUUGGUAGCUGUCUCUUUGCCUUUAUAUUAGGUGAAAAUAAUCUUCCACAACCUCUUAACAAAGGUCGCUUGUACUAUAUUUUAGGAGAUGCAGCAGUUUUCUUCAUAUUAAGGUCCACUUUUCUACUUCCUCCUUGGCCUUGGAGAACUUGUUUGGAGACAGAUAUGGAAGUCGAAUCGGACUAGAGUUCCUGUAUGUAUGUAUGUAUUAGUAAUUGAUUGGGAGAAGAACGGUUGCUUGUAUCUAUUUUACUUGGUCUGUUGAUAGAAAGAUACUUGUGGAUAUUUUCUUAGCGUUAUUAUUGGAUAAAGCCACGUAAAGUUUC